AUGGACCUGUGCCGUCGUGCCUUCGCUCUUAGAUCUAACUCACUCUCACUUUCACUACAUCGACAUCGACAUCACAAAACUAGAUUCAUCAAACAAGGCUACGCCGUCAAGACGUCCUCUCAGAACACCACCACCACCAAACCACCCAAGAACUUCCUCGACCUGCCCGUCGAGCUCCACCUCCACAUCAUCGAGCUGGCCGUGACCGAAGACGAGUCAAUUCAAAUCACCCGCCGCUGCAACAGCCGCCUCCCAGACAUCCCCAUCAACGAAUGGAACACCACCACCGCCAUCACCCGCCGCAAACAACCGGCCAUCACCCAAGCCAGCCGCAGCAUCAGAGCCGACGCCCUCCCACUCUACUACAAGAGGAACAUCUUCAUGGGCUCCUACUGCAAGGCCGGCGCGCUUCCCCAACUCAAGGCCUGGCUCUACGCCAUCGGCGAGAAGAACCGUCGCAGCAUCUACAAGCUGCUCGUGUCGGAUCGAUCCGUGUGGGAUCUCUUUGCGUCGGACUGUUGGGAGGCGUGCGAGGCGCUGGCGAAUGAGCUUGACGCGGGGAUGUUGGUUGACGUGAGGGCCCGUGAGGCCUGGAUGUUGUUUUUUGAUGACGAGGAGAGCGAGGAUCAGGAGAAGCACUGCAAGAAGCGCUUGGGUGAUCUUUUACCGUCGAAGACGGGGGCGAAAGCCCCCAAGAAAGACUACUUCACCACCAAGAUGCCCGCCGAGCUCAUGAUGAUGGUGACCGACCUCCUGGACGAGCAGGACAUCCUCGCGCUCCGCUCCGCCCUCCCCAAGAUCUGGGAGAGUUUCGUCGUCUCGGUCCUGGGCAAGAAGUUCACGAGGCUGUACGUGUACGCCACCCACGGCUCGUUGUCGCGCUUCGCGCGCAUCUGCGCGACCCCCUUCUUCCAGCGCUAUGUGACGGAGGUGGUGUUCGUCUGCCACAGCCUCCUGGAGCGCUCGGUCGCGCCCAAGGGCGUCUUCACCUUCUCGUCCUUUUUUUACCAGCUCUACGAGCCGCAGUACUCAGAAGACUAUGGCCAACAAGGGUUUGAGCGGAGGGGAGCCAAGGGCGAGAACGCCUACGAACCGUACCGCGAGAUCCUGGCCGAGUACAAAGACACCCCUCUCAACAUCACCUACACGUUGAGCACCGGCUUCAGAUCUCUACCCCGUCUCCGGAAGGUGUACAUCCUACCAUGGCAAUCGAGGCUCAACAAGGAGGGCAUCAACCUUAGAACGACCUGGUACACCAGCGCCACCCCCGACGAAGACAUCACCAGCGAUGAGGCCGCCUCGGGCUUUCUGGCAGACGCACACGAGUACGAAUACUGGAACAGCACCGCACACGAUUGGGUCAGACACUUGAUCGGGGCGCUCAGCAUCGCCAACAUCAGAGAAUUGCACCUCGGCGACCUUUACUGUGCGACUCUGCAGAUGACGCUCCCGUUUGAGGCGUGGAUGCGGAAGAGCGAUCUGUUCCUGGCGGGGGUCUCGCACGUGUCGCUCAGAGUCAGCGAGUGGGAGUUUGACCAGUUCGACAAUGUCGACUAUUGA